UGCUCUAUGCGUUUCGAUCAAAGCAAUGACUGUAUAUGAGUAGGUCAGAGGGAGUUUACAGCGAUAGGGCGGAACUGGCUGAAUUGGAAGAGGACGGGAGAGAAUCCCAACAUAAACACAGAGAAAUAUUGAACAUACUUCUACUCUCACUCAAAGAAAAGGCCUCUCCACUCUUCCGACGGUAUCAAGGGUGCGGUCGCUUUCAGUUUGGGUGUUUUCGUGGUGUUCCCUGAGCUUCCCUCACAUUUCCCCGCCGUAUUUGUCACGGAGGGAGGUGGUGGAACGCACAGCCGCCAUCUUUGGGAUCUGCCUGUAGUACGGGAAUCGACAAUCUGGGCCCCAGUUACUCCAAGGGUGAUUUUAGAUUUUAGACAACUCUACACAGCCAAUCUAAAGCUACAACUCGGUUGACAACUUCGAAAAACACCAGAAAUCAGUGCAAGGAAAAUAUAAUACAGGAAAAAACAAAUCCAGUACUCUUCCUGUCCAAAAUUGGUUGAACCACACGACAUUAUCUGCUCCGCUCAAACCAUCCAGGCCUGUCGGAAGGGUGUGUACACAUAUGAGGCCGCUGUCCUGCAGAUGAGCUGUCGGUGGGGGCUGUCGCGUCGCUGUCGCAUAUCCAGAUAAUCCCUGGCCGCGGCGGUGGCAGCACUGGCACGUCCCCCCCUCAGCAUGCCCAACACCAGUCGGGCGGGGAGCCUGAAGGACCCCGACGUUGCUGAGCUCUUCUUCAAGGAGGACCCCGAGAAACUGUUCUCAGACCUGCGAGAGAUUGGACAUGGCAGCUUCGGUGCAGUCUACUUUGCACGAGAUGUGCGGACCACUGAGGUGGUGGCCAUCAAAAAGAUGUCAUACAGUGGAAAACAAUCCAACGAGAAAUGGCAAGACAUAAUCAAGGAGGUGAAGUUUCUGCAGAGAAUACAGCACCCAAACAGCAUAGAGUAUAAAGGAUGCUAUCUGCGAGAGCACACUGCCUGGCUGGUGAUGGAGUACUGUCUAGGCUCUGCCUCAGAUGUCCUGGAAGUUCAUAAGAAACCCUUACAAGAAAUGGAAAUAGCAGCGAUUACCCACGGUGCUCUACAGGGGCUGGCUUACCUUCAUUCCCACAACAUGAUUCACCGAGAUAUCAAGGCAGGGAACGUCUUGCUGACAGAGCCUGGCCAGGUGAAACUUGCAGAUUUUGGUUCUGCCUCCAUUGUCUCGCCAGCCAACUCUUUUGUGGGGACGCCAUAUUGGAUGGCCCCAGAGGUAAUCCUGGCUAUGGACGAAGGUCAGUACGAUGGGAAGAUCGACAUCUGGUCUCUGGGAAUAACCUGCAUUGAAUUAGCUGAGAGAAAACCUCCACUGUUCAAUAUGAAUGCGAUGAGUGCCUUAUAUCACAUAGCGCAGAAUGAAAGCCCCACACUGCAGUCAAGUGAAUGGACGGAUUACUUCCGAAACUUUGUAGAUUCUUGCCUUCAGAAAUUCCCCCAAGACAGGCCCAACUCGGAGGUACUGUUAAAGCAUGCGUUUGUGCAGCGGGAGCGGCCCGACUCUGUCCUGAUGGACCUGAUCCUGAGGACCAAGGUUGCAGUGCGGGAGCUGGACAACCUGCAGUACCGCAAGAUGAAGAAGAUCCUCUUCCAGGAGGCUCACAACGGCCCUGCAGCCGAGGCACAGGACGGAGACGAGGAGGAACCGGAGCAGAGUGGCAGGACAGGCACAGUGAGCAGCGUUGGCAGUAACCAGUCUAUCCCCAGUAUGUCGAUCAGCGCCAGCUCCCAGAGCAGCUCUGUCAACAGCCUGACCGACGCCGGAGAUGACAAGAGCGAACUGGACAUGAUGGAAGGAGACCACACAGUCAUGUCCAACAGCUCCGUCAUUCACCUCAAACCGGAGAAGGAGACGACUUAUCGUGAAGAGUCGGAACCUAACAGCCGGCCGCUCACUGAGCCCCAGUCUCCCCCUGCACACACUCCACGGCCAAAACACCACCGCAACCGCGAGCACUUUGCCACAAUACGCACAGCCUCCCUGGUGACCCGUCAGAUGAAGGAGCACGAGCAGGACAGUGAGCUGAGAGAGCAGAUGUCAGGCUAUAAGAGGAUGAGGAGGCAGCACCAGAAGCAGCUGAUGGCCCUGGAGAACAAGGUGAAGGCUGAGAUGGACGAACACCGGCUCCGUCUGGACAAAGAGCUGGAGAACCAGAGGAACAGCUUUGCCCAGGAGAUGGAGAAACUCAUUAAGAAGCACCAGGCCGCCAUGGAGAAAGAUGCAAAGACCUUUACUAAUGAUGAGAAGAAGUUCCAGCAGCACAUCCAGAGCCAGCAGAAGAAAGAGCUCAACAGCUUCCUAGAGUCCCAGAAACGAGAGUACAAACUCCGCAAGGAGCAGCUCAAAGAGGAGUUGAAUGAGAACCAGUCGACCCCUAAGAAGGAGAAGCAGGAGUGGCUGUCCAAGCAGAAGGAGAACUUCCAGCACUUCCAGGCUGAGGAGGAGGCCAACCUGCUGAGGAGACAGAGACACUACCUGGAGCUGGAGUGUCGACGCUUCAAGAGGAGGAUCCUCAUCGCUCGCCAUAACGUGGAGCAGGACCUAGUGAGAGAGGAGCUGAAUAAGCGUCAGACGCAGAAGGACCUGGAGCAUGCCAUGCUGCUGCGGCACCAUGAGUCCAUGCAGGAGCUGGAGUUCCGCCAGGUCAACACCAUCCAGAAGAUGAGGGCUGAGCUGAUCCGCCUGCAGCACCAGACAGAACUCACCAACCAGCAGGAGUACAACAAGAGAAGGGAGAGAGAGCUCCGGCGCAAACACGUCAUGGAGGUCCGACAGCAGCCCAAGAGCCUCAAGUCCAAAGAGCUCCAGAUUAAGAAACAGUUCCAAGACACAUGUAAGAUCCAGACCAGACAGUUCAAGGCCUUGAGAAACCACCUACUGGAGAGCACACCAAAGUCUGACCACAAGGCUGUCCUGAAGCGUCUAAAGGAGGAGCAGACCCGCAAGCUGGCCAUCCUGGCUGAGCAGUACGACCACUCUAUCAACGAGAUGCUCUCCACACAGGCUCUGCGUUUGGAUGAGGCUCAGGAGGCUCAGUGCCAGGUGCUGAGGAUGCAGCUGCAGCAGGAGUUGGAGCUACUCAACGCCUACCAGAGCAAGAUCAAGAUGCAGACGGACGCCCAGCACGACCGUGAGCGGAAGGACCUGGAGCAGAGAGUGUCCCUCCGGAGGGCCCUACUGGAGCAGAAGAUUGAGGAGGAGAUGCUGGCUCUUCAGAAUGAGCGUUCGGAGAGGAUCCGUAGCCUGCUGGAGCGCCAGGCCAGGGAGAUCGAAGCGUUCGACUCGGAGAGCAUGCGUCUAGGCUUCAACAACAUGGUGCUGUCCAACCUCUCCCCAGAGGCCUUUAGCCACAGCUUCCCCGGGGCCCCAGGCAGCUGGGCCCACCCCCAGACACAGCACCACUCUGGGGGCUCCUCUCAAGGGCUACACUGGGGCAGUGGAGGGUCAGGGCACCAAGGCAGCCAUCACCACUACCACUCUGGUCAGGGAGGGUCCCCCAUGCAGCAAGCCUGGGGCCAAGGCAUGCAGGGAGGCGGGUGUCCUCAGCCGUGGGGCCACCCCUCGGCAGGGCCCCUGGGGGCCAGAGGCAGUGGAGGAGUGCAGAACAGCCCCCAGGCACUGAGCAGGACAGCCUCAGGGGGGCGCAGUGAGCAGGCUAUGAGCAGGAGCACCAGUGUCAACUCUCAGAUAUCCAAUGGGUCUCACCUGUCCUACACAUAGACUCCCAGCCCAGCACCAGAGUCAGAGUAGGACGCUGCAGAGUGGGACAGCAUUGGCUGAGCUCUGCUACACCUCCACCUCCCCUCUCUCCUAUCCCUCGUUCCUCUCCUGUCCUGUGUACAGAUGUGGAUGCGUGUGGAAAUAAAUGUUGCUCAGGUCAAAAGGGCUGAAAGAGGCACACCCCCUCUACACAGCAGUUUAUUAGCACACAUACAGAUCAGUUCUUCUGUUUCUAUUGAAACCAUUCAGUGUCAACACUUAAUACUUCCUCCGUUCUUUAUUUUACAGUUCUCUCACUUAGAAAUCAUUUUCAUGUACAUAUAUGUGCCACUGCCCCCCUUCCACCACUGAGACCACUGUCAAAAAGCCUUUUGACAUCUGCUAACUGCUUUGAAAAAAAAUAUAUAUAUGUAGUGUCUAUUAAUCACAGCAAGCUAAGACAGCCCAUGAAAUUCCCCUGCUCCAAAUUUGAUAAUACAUUGGCCCAUCUAUCCAGUUACUUGAUUUUUAAAUAUGUUUUAUUCUCCUUAUGCCAGCCUGUUUUUAUGGUUAUUUUAAAUAGCUGAGAUUGCAAAUCAUUCUUCUGAUUUGGAAAGAGAAACAUUCUAAAAGAUUUGAACAGGGAGAGAUUUAAGGAACUGCACAGAUACCGUAUAGAGCUUGACAAUACCUGAAACAAAUUCAAGUUGGUUUGAAAUGAUCAUUUAGGUUGGUUUGAAAUGAUCAUUUAGGUUUGAGGAUGUGAGGGACACUGGGACACAAUGUUGUUGGCUUGUAUUAUGGUCAGCUUCCAUGAAACUAGCUUUUGUUGUUGUAGCCAAACCUAUUUUAACCAGGCAGUUCUUAUUAAACAUCUCACAACUUAGUUACUAUCAACCCCUGUUGCAGGAAUGUGGUGACAUUUUGUGGAUAGGAUUAAGUUUUCACAUAUAAGGAUCUAAGGGUUUUGUAGAAUUAGUCAAAUUAUGUUGAACUUUUCUUAUUUGUCUAUUUUUUAUAUUAAGAAAGAAAAUAUUUUGGGGGGAAUUGCAGCUGGUAAGAGCAAAAUAUGUUUUUUUAGCAGAGGUUAUAUCAUUGAGGUAGGAUUUUUGUUGUGAAAUUCAGUUACACUUGCCAUUUGAAAGCUCAGUGUUUACAUUUAAUAUAUUGGAGAAGCAGUAACAGACAGUGAACCUUUUUAUAUCAAUGAGCAUUUUGCCAGCAUUUAGUGAUCUGCAUUUUAUUUUACACCUCCCUGUGGGAGUUUAAGCUGCUAAUCCAUCCAUUUGCCAAUAAGAACACUAAAGCAGAAUAUGAAUGUUUUAUUUGUCUGUUUUGGAUGUAACGUUAGGGGCCAGGCUGACCAUAGCUUCAACUAUGGCCAUAUUCAACUCAGUUCUGUACUACUGUACUGUGUGAUGCCGGCCACUAGGCUGCAGUCUUCACUUAUUGUCAACCGUUCCUUAGGCCAUAAUAGCCCACCUACAGUAGAUCCAAAUCUUCACUGUUUAGGGUUUCCAAGUGGGUGGGUGUCUCAUAGCAUUACUACAUCAGCCAAAACCAGAGGGACAUGGCAGAGCCAUAAUAAACAAAAGGCUUAGCUAACAGCUAAAAGUGUAUAUGUUUGUUAAUGCUCAGUAAAAUGGUGCCUUUCUAUGCCCUGAUACUGAUCAUUCAUUCUCAGUGUAAAACCUGCAUGUUUUAGUUCAGCUCAGAUUGAUUUAAUUAUUACACUUCAAACUAGUUUCCAUUUAGUUUGCACAGAUGUUGGCAUCGUUCAAUGAAAAUGUUGGGAUCCUCUCAUCCUGAGGUACAUCUGUCCUCGUGUACCUAUGAAAAGGAUGUCGAUAUCAUGAGGUUUGUGAAGUGAUCAGUUGAACAGAAGUUCUGAAGGUGAUAAUAUCAUGCAUACAGGUAUUUGAGGGCUGGUUCUGGGUGUCUCUGCUGUGCGGAGGAUGACAGAUUGUGAAUUUCACCUUUAGUUGGCUGAAUGACCGAGAAGGAGGAUCAGUAUAAUUCAUGCUGGGCUACAUGAUUGUCAGAUACAAGAGCAAGGACUCUGUAAUGCCUUUAAGAACCCUGACAUUUAUCAGUUGAUUUUAUUUUAGUGCCUUUAAAUACUGCUGCCUUGUCAAAGCACUUUAUACAGUAUAAAUGUAUACAGUAAAACAGAUGGUAGUUUGACUUUAUUUUAAGCACAGCAACCCGAGGGAUGCAUAUAGUGUGUUGGUAUUAUGUGGUUGAAGUGAGGAAGUUGAAAAGUCUAGCUAAUAGUUGGCCUUAAAGUCCGAUACAGAGUCAGGAUUUGAAUGCCUGGGGUUAAUUACAAGUGAGUUACCAGUAUGUAGACACAUUUCUAUGGCUCUGGAGGAUUCAUGUUAGACAAGAACAAAACAGAUUAUAGAGUAUGGUGACGGGGUUAGUUAAAGGACUUCUAUUGUAUGCUUGGUUGAAAAACACAUUUUGCACAACAUUUCCAGGCCAGGUUUAACAUGAAAGCAGUGGGCAACAGUAGAGCAGAGCUUCCAUAAGUAGAAAAGAAAGUAACAUGGUUUCAGAAUGUGUUUGAAAAGGAACGAUCUAAUCUCUAUGUGAAGGCUCUUUUUGACCAUAACAGCAGGCUUGGCAAGGAGUACAUGUUUGUGGGAGUUGGUUAAUGUAAGGCAGUCAAAGUGUUUAAAAUGAUAAUGGUCCACAACUUGAGUAAAACUAAGAACUCCGCAAUCAGGAAAAAAGAGCUCAUCUCACCACCCUAAAAGUAACAAUGGCAGGUGAAUGAAGCUCAUAUACUUGUUACUGGUGUUCAUCAUGUAAAUAUAACACUCACACUAAAUGAUCAUUUUACACUUAUGUUGGUGAGUGGUUAAAAAGUGGUUAAAGCUGGAAACCUUAAUGGUGACACUGCCAUGUCCAUUUGGGAUAUUACAACAAGAAAGAAGUUACUGCAAAAAAACGAACCCCCAGACAUCAUUGCACGUGCAAUUAUUUUUUUGCCACACUGCUCAACACACCUCUCAUUAGUUUUGUCCACAAAACAAUAACAAAGGUGCUGGGAUGGGCAGUGGCACAGUUUCCCCUAAUGCAGAUUCCAUCUUUAAAGGUGGCAAAGCACUUAUGUAGUUAUUUACUUGGACACCUACAGUGGGUUCUAUCCAUGAACAUGUUCUCCACUUUUUGGUAUUUUCUCCUAACUGCUUUUUUUCAGGGGUGAGUUUAUGCCAUUUUGGUUCCCCUUUUUUCUCAACCUGCAUUCCCUCACACACCAAGUCUGCAUUUAUUAUGAGGGUAACUAUCUCCAUCUGGAAAUCUAAAACACUUUCAAAACGUAUAUAUAUUGAAAAGGCCACGAGGCUUAAAAAGUCCUAGAGAUGCAGAUAUCUUAGGAAAUGUAUCUUCAUUUGUCUUUUCAUUUAAGUGGGGUGAAAUGUUCAUAUUGUGUGUGUAUAUAUACAAUUUAAGAGAUUAAACAUUUUAAAACUAAACUUGCAUUGUGAAAAAGAAAAUAACAAAUAAUCUGUAAGACUAACAUUAUUUAACUUGACAGACACUAACCAAAUAUUAAACAACGUUGAGAUUGGUAUGAGGGUCUGUAAAAGUAACUGAUGAAAAGUGAGCUUGGUGGUGUGUACGCUGACUCUUACUGCUUCCUGUGCAUGCAUAGCCUACACUGUCAUUUUCCUUUACUGUCACACACUUUGUUAGUCAUUGCACCCUUCAUGAAGCCUUUCAUUGCAGUGAGUCUUGAUACCUCUGGUAUGUUUUCUCCUAUACCACCCUUUCUACAUUCACAUCCACCAGAUUAUUAACUAUUCUGUUUGUUCUUGUUGAAUGUGAUCCUGCAAUUGUGCAGCAAAAACAUGUUUGAUUUCAGGGUCACAAAGAUGCUGGGAAGUUUUGUUUAUUUUUUGAGACGUAGGAGAAGUUUGUUUUAAAUGGUUGCAGACUCUAAUUCCCCAUUACAAUUCUCCCAUAUCUGCCUCUGGAUCAUAUCCAACUGUCCUUUCCAAAAAGCAAGCAUGGGUCUCAUUAUGUUACAGUACAUAGGGCUGUGAGUGUGUCCCAAUACUCUCCAAAACCUUCCACCUCUUGUUUCCUUUCAUUUGUAACCACAGAGGUCAAAAGCCUCAAUAGGUUAAUUUACCAGUAUAAUGCUUAUACCCAACAAGUCUUUUAUGAAUAGUGGCCAGGGGAGAAAAAGGAGCGGUAUUUCUGAUUAUUGGGACCUAGCCCUUGUUCAGGUCAACAGCUUUUUCGGGCCAAUGGUUCAUGUCAGGCCAAUGAAAGGUCCUUGCUAUUUGUGAUCCUUGGGACGUUCCUACCCCAUUGAAGUUGAUAUUUUAAAAUGGUGAAUGUUUGGGUAGGGACGUCCCAAGGAUCCCGGGAAAGCACUAAACGCCAAUGAAACUUCAUCUCAUACGAGAUUGAUUGCCAACCCGUCACACCAUUUUGUUAAUGGUAAAUAAUAAUAAAUUGUGAGACUACUUAGAUACUUGUAUUCAUAAUUGUUUUAAUAAUUUACAAGGCUUCUCCACCAACCUGAAUAAUGUUUUCAAUUAUCAUUUAACAUUGAUGUUGUCAACUUUUGUCCUACUGACUGAAAGUAUGGGAUACUGAGUGAGAAACAAGCUAAAGAAAAAUGGAGGUCCUCCCUCUGGUCAAACACUGUGCCAUACCAGAGCUGCCAAGCCCAAACACCACUGCAUUGUUUCAUCUCAAGAGUUACCUAACAUUACCCUUGGCUUGGGCUGAUGGCAUGAAAUGUUUAGAAAUUGCAUGAUAUGAGCCGUUCUGGUCAGAUGGCCAAUGAAGAGGCUUGAAAAGAUGGUGACAGGCUACUUAUGAAAACAGAGGGUCCAUUUCUAUGAGGAUGUCAGUAUUCUUCCUUGGCACAACAUUACCACUACAACUCUUAUAUAACCUGUAUUAAAAUGUAUAGAUUGUGAAACCUGUUAUUGAAUGUCUGAAAGAUUAUGAAGAUUAUACAUACAUUUUCACCAACAAAAAAUACAAAAAAGUGAGUGGAAAUGUGUAAAAAGAUUCAUAAAACAGAAGAAUAAAAACUAGGAUCAAAUGUACUAUUUUGUUUGUAUUAUAAUUACUAUUGUGCUGGCAGAGGAAUAUUGAACAGAAAUCAGCUGUAAUAAAGUAAUUUUAGUAUAUAA